UUACAGCGAGGAAAGUUACGUACUAUUAAAAAGGAAAGUGUGUGAAUAAGAUUAAGAAAAGAGCACCGAUCGAAAGGAGGAACAGGACACAAGAAGAGGAAGAAGAAUGGCCGCGACUGUAAACAAAACAAGGCGUGGGACGAAGGAGUUUUGGGAGACAAGCAGCUGAUGCCAAGACCUCUGCCCUUAACUUCAAGAUCAGAGAGGUGCCACUUCUGAGUUACUGCCCUGAUACAACACACCAGACAACAGUGCACAGCUAUGGCAGAGGCAGCACCAUAGAGUCUUGCUAGCCAUUGUGCUCAGACUCCAACGACAAUAACGAGAAGAAAUCAGCAUCCAGUAAGGUGUCUUGGGUCGUCUUAUUGUGUGUCGUCUCGUCCCUUAACAAGCUUAGCAACAGAAGGAAUCACAAGGCUUUCCUCUUUACUGCAGCGAUGAACUCCAGUGUGAAGAUCUCUGAGGUUGGCAAGAUGGACCACUUGGAGGUGGAGAUGAUUGGCGAGGGGCAGGCCGAGGGGGACGGCAGCCAGUACAGGAACAUUUUAUCGGCACUACCACAGGGUGAGAUCGACCACGUGGAGGUUGAGAUGAUUGAGGCCAAGCCAGCCGAGGAUGACGACAAUGAGGAGGAGGACGGACAGCUGCAUGAGUACACGGACCUGCUGGCGAUGGACCCGCUCAGUGGCACCGUGUCAGACCUCAUGGAGCAAGGCGAUCUCUCAGAGGAGGAGGCGUCGGCUGCCUCGGAGGUGGAUGAGGUGCUGGGCCUACCUCACUCCAUCCCAAACAUUGAAGCGGAGGUUGGGGACGGCUUCCUCGCCCUCAACACAACGGAGGCAACCGGAGACGAGACAGAGGAGGAGGAGGAGUCACUCGCCGAACCGGUUGACCAGAAGAGCCAGGACGAGCUCAUCAACCGCCUCAUGACGGAUGGAAUGUCCUUCUCGGAGGUUGCGGCACUUUGGGGCGAGGACGCAGAUGCCGACAGUGACGAGGAUGCACCAGCGGCCAUCGGGGAGGUGGCGGCUACAGGAGCGGCGGCUGCUGGUGGUGGUGAAGGCAGCGGUGAUGGUGGUGGUGACGGUGGUGGUGGUGGUGGUGCAGGGCCGGAGGUGGAGGACCAUGCGGCGGAGUUUGAGAAGGAGCUGAAUGAACAACAGAGAUUCCAGUUGAAGCGCAAAGGAGGGAAGGAGAAGCGUCGGCGGCGGAGGCUCCCGGCGGCACUGCAGGGCCUGAUGGGGGAGGCCAACCUGCGCUACGCCCGGGGACAGUUUGACGAGGCUAUCAAGAUGUGCAUGGAGGUGAUACGACAGUUCUCACACUCCCCAGAGCCUUACCAGACGCUGGGGAUGAUUUACGAGGAGAAGGACAUGGUGAACAAGUCCCUCCAGUUCCUGCUGAUCGCUGCGUUCCUCAGCCCCAACGCAGAGGAGUGGGAGAAGCUGGCCGACCUCUCUCUGCACCAGCAAAACAUCCAGCAGGCGGUGUUCUGCCUCGGCCGCGCCAUCAAGGCCAACCCACAGAACUUGGACUACCACUGGGCACGCUGCGACCUCCUGGAGCAGCUGGGCGAGAAGCUGAAGGCACUCAAGGGAUACUCACACAUGCUCAAGUUCCUCAGGAGCGACCAGGGAAAGGACGGUCUGAAGCUGGCCAAGGAGAUUGCCAAGAUCCACUACGAGAACAAGGACGUGCACCUCGCCCGCGACGCCAUGGAGACCGCCUUCCGUAAGCACCCGAGCUGCGUCACGGCCGAGGACGUCAACCUGAUGCUGGAGGUUCUGAUGCACCAGCAGGAACACCACCGCUGCCUCGAGGUGUUGGUGCAGCACUCAGGAGUCCGCUUCUCACACCCGGCCCUGGAUGAGGAGGAGCUCAGCCAGAGGGACAUCAAGGAGCAGCUGUCCCUGUCCUCUGAGUGCCACGUGCCACCCGGCCUGCUCAUCGACCUGCGCACCAAGCUCACCGUGGCACUCAUACACCUGCGCUGCUUUGACCUGGCGGCGCCGCUGGUCGAGCUCCUCAUGAGGGAGUCUGAGGAGGAGUUUGGGGACCUGUACCUGGACACUGCCGAGGCCUACAUGAGCGCUGAGUACCAUGAGGCUGCGCUGCCCCUGCUGCGGCCGCUGAUCGGCUCCACGCAGUACAACGUGGCGGCAGUGUGGCUGCAGUACGGGGAGUGCCUAGCGGCCAUGGACCAGAUGGACGAGGCGGCCGAGGCGUACCGGCGGGUGGUGGCACUGGCUCCGCAGCACGCUGAGGCCCGGCUGACCCUCUCCUCCAUCCUGCAGUCACUGGGCCACUUGGACGAGGCACUCUUCGUCCUCAGUCAGGAGAGCGACUCUGAGCCGCUGGACUCAGUGCUGCUGUACCAGCGCUGCAAGAUCCUGCUGGACCAGGGCCAUGUGGACGACUUCAUCAACGUGGCCAAGCUGCUCUUCAGGCGGCACUUCAUCCACAUCAGGAACCGUGACGAGGCCGAGGCCAUGAUAGGCAACAAGAAGCUGGCCAACAAGUACGACACAAUCCGGGACCUUCGACGCUCCAAGAACGAGAGUGUUGAGGACAGUGGCCCGGCCUACACCGGUCCAGAUGUCCCAAUCGAGGACCAGUGGGAGCUGUUCACCACCAUGUGCCACAACCUGCACCAGAGGGGGAGGUUUGAGGAGCUGGAGCGCAUGACGUUUUGUGCCCUGGGCUCCAAGGAGUUCAUGAGGGACAGCAAGCGCGCGCGAGAGGUGGAGUUCAUGUGCCUGAUGGCGUGCAUCUACAACGACAGCUCCUUCUUCGCCUACAACAUCAUGCGGGAGCUGGUCAUGAAGAACCCGGAGAGCACGCGCUGCUGGAACCUCCUCAACCUCAUCAUCUCCAAGGCAGACGACUUCCGGCACAACCGCUUCCUGCUGCGACUGGCCCCCAAGCACCCCGACCUGGUGGCCCCCGGCAUCCUGAACGGCCACAACUGUCUGGUGGCCGGCACCUACAAGUACUCCCUGGCUGAGUACACGCAGGCCUUCAAGCAGGACCCCAGCAACCCCCUGAUCCCCCUCAUGCUGGGGCUCACCUUCACCCACAUGGCCUGCCAGAAGUUCAGCGGCAAGAAGCACUCGCUGGUGGUGCAGGCGUGUGCCUUCCUCAACACCUACGUGGAGAUGCGCGGGGAGUGCCAGGAGUCCAUGUACAACCUUGGCCGGGCCUUCCACCAGCUCAACCUGCUGCCCCAGGCCAUCCACUACUACAAGCAGGCCCUGGAGUGCCCUGUGUUGGGGAAGCCGCCGGGUGGCCCCUGCCUUGACCUCACCAGGGAGAUUGCCUUCAACCUGUCCCUCAUCUACAAGAACAGUGGUGCUGUUGACCUGGCCAGAAUGUAUCUCUUUAAGUACAUCAGAGUGUGAGUGUUGUUAUUACUGUGAUAUGAUGUACAAAUAUAUGUUGUUACUCAAAUAA